AGAGAGACAGAGACAGAGAGAGACAGAGAGACAGAGAGAGGACAGAGAGAGUACAAGGAUGUCCCUGGGAGGGAUCUCGGUGUUGCUGUUCGUGAUGACGACGGCGCUGCUGCUGCAAAGCACCACCUCAUUAAGAACAGGAGACAGGUCGUGCGUGGGCCGCUGUGGCGAGCCGUUCGAGAGGGGCGUCCCCUGCUCCUGUGACUUCGACUGCACGAAGUUCAAGCAGUGCUGCCGGGACUUCAGGAGGGCCUGCACCAGUGAGUCGUCCUGUCGAGGCCGCUGCGAGGAGCCCUUCCGCCGUGGCCGGCGCUGCCACUGCGACUCGACGUGCGUGGAGUUUGGGGAGUGCUGCCCGGACCACGGCGAGUUCUGCACCGACAAGACCCCGGAGGAGGACUACGACUACUCAGAGGUGUCCCCCGCAAAGAGCCUCCCCGUGCAGCUCGCUCAGGCACCUUCCCAGGCCUCACCUUUGGAGGAGAAUGUUGAGAAGGACCAGCAAGGGGAUCAACCCCCUCCACACAAGAAGACCCCGGCUGGGACGGACAAUAAGGAGCAGCAAGCCGUAGCACUUGGAGACCCCAUCAAACCCGAUAAGAGUGGUAAAGAAACUCUCCCUCUGAAGCCACCACUGGGUCCCAUUGCCCCGUCCCUACCUGCUCUGACUCCUGAACCUACAAUUCACACCACUCAGGAACCACUAACUGUCACGGUCCCUCUUGAAACCCCAAAUCCUACCACUCAAGAACCACUUACCAACUAUACCGUGCUUACCACAACCCCAAAUCCCACCACUCAAGAACUGCUUACCAACUAUACCGUUCUUACCACCACUCCAAAUACCACCACUCAAGAACCACUUACUAAUCAUACCGUGCUUACCACAACAUCAAAUCCCACCACUCAAGAACCACUUACAAACUACACUGUGCUUACCACAACUCCAAAUCCCACCACUCAAGAACCAGUUACCAACUAUACCGUUCUUACCACCACUCCAAAUACCACCACUCAAGAACCACUUACCAACUACACAGUGCUUACCACCACUCCAAAUACCACCACUCAAGAACCACUUACUAACUAUACCGUGCUUACGACAACAUCAAAUACCACCACUCAAGAACCACUUACUAACUAUACCGUUCUUACCACAACUCCAAAUCCCACCACUCAAGAACUGCUUACCAACUAUACCGUUCUUACCACCACUCCAAAUCCCACCACUCAAGAACCACGUACCAACUACACAGUGCUUACCACCACUCCAAAUACCACCACUCAAGAACCACUUACUAACUAUACCGUUCUUACCACCACUCCAAAUCCCACCACUCAAAAACCACUUACCAACUACACUGUGCUUACCACAACUCCAAAUACCACCACUCAAGAACCACUUACCAACUACACAGUGCUUACCACCACUCCAAAUACCACCACUCAAGAACCACUUACUAACUAUACCGUGCUUACGACAACAUCAAAUACCACCACUCAAGAAGCACUUACUAACUAUACCGUUCUUACCACAACUCCAAAUCCCACCACUCAAGAGCUGCUUACCAACUAUACCGUUCUUACCACCACUCCAAAUCCCACCACUCAAGAACCACUUACCAACUAUACUGUGCUUACCACAAGAUCAAAUCCCACCACUCAAGAACUGCUUACCAACUAUACCGUUCCUACCACCACUCCAAAUACCACCACUCAAGAACCACUUACCAACUAUACUGUGCUUACCACAAGAUCAAAUCCCACCACUCAAGAACUGCUUACCAACUAUACCGUUCCAACCACAAAUCCAAAUCCCACCACUAAAGAACCACUUACCAACUAUACUGUGCUUACCACAAGAUCAAAUCCCACCACUCAAGAACUGCUUACCAACUAUACCGUUCCAACCACAAAUCCAAAUCCCACCACUAAAGAACCACGUACCAAUUACAUCAUGCUUACCACAACUCCAAAUCCCACCACUCAAGAACCACUUACCAAACCGUCCACCUUCUUGUCCACCUCCAUUGUGGCCUCCACGUGGCCUGCUGAGAGAGUGAUCACCCGCAGACCCGGAAAGAUGACCACCGACCAAUCGUGGCAUGACAAUGGGUCUGGGGAGGGCAGCACCUAUCGGCCGCCCAUCAAGCAAGUCCCAACAGUGCAGACCGCAGAUGGCCAUCGUGGUGGGCAAGUCCCAGUGGCAAAGACAGAGUACGUGGACGGGGACAUCUGCAAUGAGAGACCGGUGAGCGGAAUAACGACUUUGCCCAACGGAGACACUGUCGUGGUGAAAGGGCCGUUCUUCUGGAACCUGAGACUGAGGAUAGCCCCUCAAAGGGUCUCCACGGUGUGGCGGGUGCCUUCCCCAAUCGACUCCAUGUUCACCCGCUGCGGCUGUCAGCCCAAGACCUACAUUUUCAAGGGGGAUAGGUACUGGCGCCUGGAUAAUGGGGUCCCAGACAUGGGGUUCCCUAAGCUCAUCUCGCAAGGGUUCAGCGGACUUCAGGGUCCCAUCACGGCGGCCCUCCCAGUGCCUGGGGAAAAAUGGUUUCCGGAGCACGUGUUCCUGUUUCAGGGGCCUACUGUGGCAAAGUACCUGUUCAAGAAACAUGAAUGUCGAGCAUCCCAAGAGAGGAUCCAUUUGCAGUUACGCAAGCGCCAUGCCGUGGACACCAGAAGCUCCAAAAGUCAGGUGCGGUUCGGCUCGAUCCACAUCCACUGGAAGGGCUUCCCCCUCGACUACUCCUCCGUCUUCACGAGGCCCAUGGCGCCGGCGGUGCCUACAGCCCGGAUCUCCUACCGGCACUUCGUCGUCGUCAAAGACUCCUACUACAGCCUGAACAUGCGCAGUAAGCAAGUGUCCAAGAAGCCGGAGGGCAGCAUUCGGAGAGACCUGUCCUGCCCUUGAGGCAGGGCAGCAGAUCGCGGCAUGGAGGACCUCUUCACCCAGCCAGGGUGACAGGGUCACGGCUAUUCUACGCUUUUGCAUGCCGGCGGCGAUGUCGGCAGAAGCUGCGGCGGCAGCGGCGGCGGCAGCGGCAGCGGCAGCGGCGUGGUUCUCCAGGAGCUGGGGGCCAAUGCGGAGGUUCGACUUCUGCUCCUGCCACUAUAAGAGACGGGGCGAGCUUCAGCACAGAGAGGGAGAGAGUUCGUGCCGCAUCACCGCUCCUCGUCCUCCUGCACCCUCCACCCUCCCUCCUUCACCCUCCCUCCUUCACCCUCCCUCCGUCUACACCAUCUCUCUGUCACCCUCCCUCUUCCACCAUCCCAAAUCGUCCCUCCUACCUCCUCCACCACCCUCCUCCUCCAAUGUUAGUCAAUGCAUCAGGUGUUAGUCUAUGGGUCCAGUGUUAGUCUAUGGGUACAGUGUUAGUCU